AUGGGCGGAUUUUGUGGGUACUUAGCAACAAUGAGUGGACUGGCAGGUGGUGCAGAUGCUGCUUACAUUUUUGAGGAGGCCUUUACAAUCGAUGAUCUCCGCGAAGAUGUGGUUCACUUACGUGCCAAGAUCGCUGAUAACGUUCAACGUGGCCUUGUGCUGCGCGCAGAGAAUGCCAACAAGAAUUAUACUACCCAGUUCAUCCAUAGCCUUUAUACGGAGGAGGGGAAGGGGAUUUUCGACUGCAGGUCAGUAUCACUUAGUAGAUGUUUUUGUUAA